GUUUAUGCUCCUCCCGUUGUUAUUGAUGAGAGUGGGAUUAGUAAUGAGUCGAGAUCAUCUUCUUCAACGGUUGGUUCUACUAUGUUGAUGAAUCUUGUUAAAGAUCGGGUUAAGCAGAUGAGUGGAUCCCAACAUAACUCAAGGAGUGAGUUUGAUCGUUAUUUAGAUGAGGAAAGGGGAGAUGAUGAGGAAAAAGAUGUUUUGACAUGGUGGAAAAUCCAUAGUCCGAGGUUCCCGGUGGUUGCGCGUAUGGCUCGAGACAUAUUAGCUAUCCCAGUAUCUACUGUAGCAUCUGAGUCGGCAUUUAGCACCGGAGGUCGUACUCUUGACCAAUUUCGAAGUUCUUUGACCCCUAAGGUAAAAGAUUCUAAAUUACUCUCAUUACAUUACAUUAAUAAUAUCUUUGUUUUUGAUAACAAGUGUCUUUUUUGUUUUGAUUUAUAUUAUAUUAAUUCUUUAUGAAAAGAUGGUACAAGCUCUUAUUUGUGGCCAAGAUUGGAUUCGAGCGAAUUGGCGAAAGACAAAAGUUGACGUUGAAGAAAAUAUAUUGGAAUUGCACCGGCUUGAAAAGGAUGUGGAAGACACAAAUUGCUUUACGGAGGAAGUUGUUUAUGUUACUUGAAGAUGAAGAUGGGACUAUUUUAUUGUGAACUGUUUUACUUGAAGAUGAAGUGGCUUUACAGAGAGCUUUUUAUGCGAACUGUUUGACUAUUUAUGUUGAAUUGUUUUUGUUGUUGAAUAUUGAUCAUUUAGAACAAUUAUUGUUGUUUUGUUUGUCAUUUGGGACUCUAGAAUGCUCAUGAAAAACACUUGGUCAAUGCUAUUUAAGACCGUU